AUGACGGAUGUGGAGAAGCAAGCAGAUGCCAUUGUCCAUGCGGUAGUUGCUGUGGAACUGCUACAUUGGCAUGGCAAGCUGGGCGGUACUCUUGAGAAUGCGUUUCGGAAGUGUGUUUACGCUCCUGCGCUUCCAAGGUUGAAACGCUUGACGAACCGCAAAGAUAGUGCAGAUGACUUCAAGAUAGACAUGAAGACUGGCAGAAAGCUCUCGCGGCCAAGCCGCGUGCAUGAUGCGGCGCUGGAGAAGCAGUUCACAUUGGGCUAUGCGUUCACAGACGUGGCUUUGAGAAUGCUGGGUAGAGGUGACAAUGGCUUGUGGCUUCCACUUGCACGAUACCAGGCCCGCAAGGAGCUCAACUCCGCCGACGUGGAGCCGGAAGAAGAUCCGCAGGCGAAGGAUUUGGUCGCCUUCAGCCAGGGCUUCGUCAGAUCUACCGCUGGCAAGGAGCUGGUGCAAGUUUCUUCGCGCUCUGUGGGACACGGAGACGCCAAGCAGAACAUUUGGAUUCUCCCAGUGUUCGUGGAUCAUGACCGGUCUUCACACGCUGAGCGGCAGGCGCUUCUGGUGAUGUUGGAGGCUGCCCCGACAGACCCCGUGACUGAGGGUGUUCCUGACGGCGUGACGGGCCAAAUGCGGGUUUAUGCUAGCCAUACCCCGUGCAUUUCAUGUCUUUCUUCCAUGUGCCAGUUCACUAGAUGUUUUGAAGGAUCAGACAUCUCUGUGACAUAUGAUACUUGGAAAGAGACGAGACGCUGGAUUGGGCUAGAUCCUCCUGAUGAAAUACCCGAAGAGGAAGAGGAGGAGGCCAAGUGA